AUGGGGGGCUGCGUGUCGAUUGAAGAGGACCCCAGAGGCCGAGUGGGGCCAGCUCCUAGCCGCUCAUCAUCCCGCGCAACCCACUCAAACCGCGUUGCACCGCAAAGCCCCUCUACAGCAAGCAAGCGCUCGGCGCGCAAGUCCUCCCCAAUGCGAUCCCCCUCUUCCGCUUCCGCUUCCGCGUAUCGUUCUGGAGGACUCCUCCCCAAGUCCAACGAGAGCAACGCCAGUGCCUCCAGUGCCGGCAGCGGAAGCGGCCGCCGAUCCUGCCCGCAAACACCGCGCGGGGGUUCUGGCGGCGGCUUCCGCACACCCCCUGGCAGCGGCGGGCUAGGGUCCGGCCGACGCGGCGGCGCGCUUGCAGAUCGAACGGCUCUGGCGAACGGCGGGGCCGCCAUGUCAUCGCUGCGCGAAUUCUCGUACCAGGAGCUGUGGCUGGCGACGCGGAAAUUCGAAAAGGAGGGGAAGCUGGGGGAGGGCGGAUUCGGGAGCGUUUUCCGGGGAACCAUCGAAGAGGAUGUUUGCGCUUCAGGCGCGGGGAUGGGCGCGGGGAGCGGGGAGGGCGGAAGGCGGAAGUUGCAGGUGGCGGUAAAGGUGCUGAAUCAGGGGGGCCAGCAGGGGGAGACGGAAUGGAAGACGGAGGUUCGGUACCUAAGCGAGCUUCGGCACCCGAACCUGGUGCGGCUGGUCGGGUACUGCUCGGACGGGCAUCACCGGCUGUUGGCGUACGAGUAUCUUCCGUACGGCAGCCUCGAGCGAUUCCUUUUCACUCGUGAGUUCAAACUCAUCCGCGCAAUACAGCCUCUGCCAUGGCCGGUGCGCAUGAAGGUGGCGCUGCACGCGGCCGCUCGCGCCAUCCAGCCCCUGCCAUGGGCGGUGCGCAUGAAGGUAGCGCUGCACGCGGCGCAGGGCUUGGCGUAUCUGCACGAGGAGGCGGACCGGCAGAUCAUCUAUCGCGACUUCAAGGCGUCCAACAUUCUGCUGGACGAGGACUUCAAUGCAAAGCUCUCUGAUUUCGGCCUGGCAAAGGACGGGCCAGAGGGCAACCAGACGCACGUGUCAACACGGGUCAUGGGCACGUACGGCUAUGCCGCCCCCGAAUACAUGAUGACUGGCCACCUCACCGCCAAGUCAGAUGUCUACAGCUUCGGAGUCGUUCUCUUGGAAAUGAUUAGCGGGCGGCGGGCCAUGGAGCCGGAGUUCCCGAGGCGGCAGCAGAAUAUCGUCGAAUGGGCUCGGCCGUUUCUGGUCGAUCCGGCGAAGAUGCUGCUAUUGGUGGAUCCGAGGGUGGGUGGCAAAUAUUCAGUGAAAGGCGCGCAGCGGGCGGCGGUUUUGGCACGAAAGUGUCUGAACAAGGACCCGCAUGCGCGACCUCUAAUGUCGGAAGCGGUUCGGGUGCUGUCUUCAAUUCAGAACUUGAUAGACAUUGCCAGCAAGAUGGAGCAGGCUCAGCGGCUACACGGUGCUUAG